AUGGUACCACGACUUAUUAUAUCAGCACGUUUACGUAGUGGGCUUAAAGCAUGUAUUACUGGAGGUUUUGUUUUUGUUGGUGCAAAUAUUUAUUUUGGUAGUGAACGUUUUUAUGAAGAAAUAUUUAUGCCAAUAUUACGAUAUAUUGAUCCAGAAAAAAUUCAUCAUUUAUCAAUUCAAAUGGCUAAAUAUGGACUUGUUCCUCAAAUGAAAUCUGUUGAUGAACCUAUUCUACAUUCAACUGUAUGGAAUCGUGAAUUCAAAAAUCCAAUUGGUCUUGCAGCUGGUUUUGAUAAGAAUGGUGAAGCAAUUGAUGGUUUAAGUAAAUUUGGAUUUGGUUUUAUUGAAAUUGGAACAAUUACACCUAAACCACAACCUGGUAAUGAAAAACCUCGAUUAUUUCGUCUCACUGAAGAUCGAGCUAUAAUAAAUCGUUAUGGAUUUAAUAAUAAUGGUUAUGAAGCAGUUCGUGCUCGUCUUAUAGAUUAUCGUCAACGUACAAAUGCUAAUAAAGAUAGUAAAUAUUCUCUUUUUUUUUCUCUAUAA